GGCGCGGGGCGGCCGCCGGCGCAGCAUGGCCAAGCACCACCGCACGCCGGCGCGCAGCGCCGAGCCCGUCAUCGAGGUCAAGAGCAAGUUUGAUGCUGAGUUUCGCCGCUUUGCCGUGAAACGCUCCAGCGUGGGCAGCUUCCAGGACUUCUACCGCCUGCUGCAGACCGUGCACCAGAUCCCCCGCGUGGACGUGCUGCUGGGCUACACGGACGUCCACGGUGACUUGCUGCCCAUCAACAACGAUGACAACUACCAUAAGGCCCUGUCCUCUGCCAACCCCCUCCUCAGGGUCAUCAUCCAGAAGAAGGCAGAGUCGGACGCCAGCGUCUUUGCCUCCAACUCCUUGCAGCGGAAGAAGAAGGGGCUGCUGCGCCCCGCGCACUACCGGGCCAAGCCUCACCUUCUCAUCGGCAUGCCCCAGGACUUUCGGCAGAUCUCGUCCAUCAUCGACGUGGACAUCCUGCCCGAGACGCACCGCCGUGUCCGGCUCCACAAGCACGGCUCCGACAAGCCACUGGGCUUCUACAUCCGCGACGGCGUCAGCGUGCGUGUGGCCCCGCAGGGUGUCGAGAAGGUACCUGGCAUCUUCAUCUCCCGCCUGGUGAAGGGUGGCUUGGCGGAGAGCACGGGGCUGCUGGCUGUGAGCGAUGAGAUCCUGGAGGUCAACGGCAUCGACGUGGCCGGCAAGUCCUUGGACCAGGUGACGGACAUGAUGGUGGCCAACAGCCACAACCUCAUCAUCACUGUCAAACCGGCCAACCAGCGCAACAACGUCAUCCGCAGCAGCAAGGCCUCGGGCAGCUCGGGCAUGUCCACGGACAGCACCCCCAGCCAGCAGACCCCCAGCCCGGCCUCGCAGUACUUGAGCAACUACAGCACUGCCGAGAGCGACGAGGAGGGCGACCUCGUUAUCGAGAGCGACAGCGCGCCCCACUACAUCCCCAGCGGCUGCCCCAACGGGGACCCCGCCGACAGACCCCUCCAGCAGAGCCUGUCCCUGCACAGCUCGCGGGGCUCCCUGCAGUCGCUCGGCAGCCAUGACGGCAGCCCUGGCCGGGGCAGCGGGCAGGAGGAUGGCACCCUCCUCACCCUAUAGCCAUGGGGCCCCUCUCCCCCGAGACCUUUUGCAGCAGUGGUAUGGGCCAGGCCCCACGGCCGGCCAGAUUUCCUCACCGCCAGACUGUUUGUGGGCACUGGGGCAAUGCGAGGGGCCCGCUGGGGAGGGUGCAAAGCAGGGACUGCCUGCCCCACUUGCCUUCUGCCAGCGCCCAUGCCCAUGGGGAACCCCACUGUGGUUCCUGCUCACGCCGUGCACUGCCCACCCAAACCCCCAGGCCUCCCUCUCCUCUCUCUUCCAAACAAGUAUUUUUUUUUAUUGUUUUAUCAAAAUAUGCAUCAUUAAUUAAUAUAUUGCAAUGGACAGUAAAACCUUUUUUAGAAAGCUC